UAGUGUAAACGUAUAGUUGUACGCAAAAAAGUCAUUUCCUUUAUUUGUAUCGAAUUGUAUAUUUUAUUUCUCGAAAUAUAAAAUGGAAACGAAUUCUGACCAAAAAAAUGCGCGAUCAAAUUUUGAAGUGGUAAAACAAAUGGUCGUAUAUCAAAAUAGGAGCUGUAGCAUCAAUAAUGGCUAAUAUAACAUUACUAGAUCCUAAAAUGCCAAUAAACUGAUGUUUUUUCUAACUUGCAGUCAGUUGUGUUUUGAUAUUGACUUUAAACACAUACAUUAUUGUGAUAUGGUUUACUGCCUAUAGUGGCGCUUCUCUUGAAAGCGAAUUAAAAAUAAAAUUAGCCUUACUACUAUGGUCUGUGUUUAUUGGUAUAUGGGUCUUUUGUGUGGCGUUUACUUUUUUGAAACUUGAAACUCGGUGAGAAAUAUUUAGCUAUUUUAGUUAUUUGAAAUAUCAAUAAUUUAAUUUAGACUAUUGUGUUUGGACCAUCGAUGUCCUGAAACAUUAUGGGUGUAUAAUAAUACAUAUUAUAAAAUGAUUGUUCCUAAACCUGUAAUCAAACCACCAAUAACGACACCAAAUCCUCUUAUACCUCUAAGAGAUGGCCAAGAAGAAAAAAAAUACAUUUCUCAAAAAUGUCGGAAUCCGAGGUCAUCUUAUUCAAAAAAUUAUACUGAAUUAAUGAUACAUAACAAGAAUCUCAAUUAUUUCAUAGAGUUGGUAGAUUCAAAAAAUGAUGUACCUUCUACAAUAGGAGGUACCUCACAGCUGAAUAGAACGAUGGAUAAUGAAGAAGAGCUAAUUUUUGAUUUUUGGUCUAAUAAUACAACUGGGUUCCUUAUUUCAGUUCUCAUGAUAAUGAAAAAUUUGAUUAUAAUGAUUUACUCUUGGUUAAUCUUGUAUGGAUAUUACAUGGAAUUAUUGUCAAGAAAAAGUGAAACUCCAGAAGUUCAAGAAAGUUUUAAAAAUGAAUCUUGUAAUGAGGUGGAUGAUCCUAAUAAACAGUGUAUUAUACAAUAAAAAAAAUAACAUUAAUAAAAAUAAAUAAAUCUUUAGCCUUACUAAUCAUGUUAAAAUAUUUCGAAGAUUUUCAAUUAGAGUUUAUUAUAAAUGUUAAGUUAAAUAAAAAUAAUUUUUUAAAUUUUCUAAUGUUGCAUCUAAACAGUUAUACCCAGUGGUGUAUUAACGAGGGAGGAAGUUGACCUACAACUUCAUACCACACCGAUUUUUCUGCUUAUAAAAAUUUUUGAUUUAUGUUCGAAUUUAUUUAUGAACGAUAUCAU